AAGAAUGCCUUCAGGCUUCAACCCCCCAACUGUAAAAUCGCCCUAAAACCCUGAACAGAAGGCCUUUCUUCCUAGCGCCAAUCCUCCCGCUUCCCUGCUCCGUUGCCGCCACUCCACUAAGCAAUCGCCGCCGCGACGCCGUUCAUCUCUUCCUCCGUCUCAGCCUCUCAGUAUUUCUGGGGGAGAAGCAAGGAGAAAAUGGUGUCGACCAAUAUUAGGGACCUGCUGACGGCCUUCAGUCCUUCAUUGGAUUACUUCGCUAUCAGCUCCGGCGACGGUCGAGUGAAGAUUUGGGACACUCUGAAGGGCCAGGUGCAAACGGAGUUUGCAGACAUAGCUUCGACUGAUGUGAGCCUGCUCUCCAAGGCGGAGAGAGGGCACCUCUCGGUUGAUUAUACGUGCAUGAAAUGGAUCUCUCUAGACAGGAAGAAGAAAAGGAAGCUAGGGAGUUCGUUGUUAGUGUUAGGAACUGGCAGCGGGGAUGUCUUGGCGCUUGAUGUGGCUGCUGGUCAACCCAAAUGGAUAGUUAGCGAUUGCCAUCCUGGGGGUGCAACUUCAAUUUCAUUUUCUGCUAGCGAAUCAAGCGUUUACACUGCAGGCGCUGAUGGAAUGGUUUGCAAGAUUGAUCCACAAACUGGAAAUCUGUUGGGAAAGUUUAAAGCUUCAAGCAAAGCAAUAUCCUCUAUGUGUGUUUCUCCAGAUGGGAAGAUACUGGCAACUGCUGCUUCGCAGUUGAAAACUUUCAAUUGCUCUGAUCACAGGAAGAUACAGAAAUUUUCUGGUCAUCCAGGAUCUGUGCGGUGUAUGAUUUUUACUGAUGAUGGAAAAUACAUUCUCUCUGCUAGCGGUGAAAGAUAUGUUGCACUCUGGAGAACUGGCAGUGGCAAAAAACAGUCGGUCUGUGUUUUUGCAAUGGAGCAUCCUGCAGUUUACCUUCAUGCUAAGUGUUUUGAGAAAGGCGAAGCGGAUGACAAUGAUGGGCUUUAUGUUUUGGCAAUCUCAGAGACUGGCAUUUGUUACACAUGGUGUGGGCAGAAUGUUGAGGAACUACGGACUGCCAAGCCCACAAAGGUCUCACUAUCCUAUGAUGAUAAAAAGCACAGGGGUGCACACCCUGCAAUAUUUGCAGCACAAUUACAAGUCAUCCCCAAACCUACAUCUGCAAAUGUGUAUCUUGCCUAUGGUCUGCUGGUGAAGCCUUCAUUUCAGAAAGUAUUAGUUGAAGCUGGCAAUGAUGUCGAGUUAAGUAGUUUUCAGGAUGGAGUUCUCUUUCCUGCUAGCCAGUCCAUCAAAUCUAAGAAAGGGAUGGAUCGAGUAUCAACAGUAACUGCUUUGGACCGUGCAAAUGUGGAGGAUGCACUUCUUCCUGUGCCAAAAGUAUCCGAUGUUCAUUACGUGCAAAUGGAAGCAUCAGAAUUGCUACAUUUUCCUUUUCACUUGCUCAAACCUUUUGCUUAUGCAGAUGACAUGGUAGAUGUUGAGACUCCAACAACUAGCAUGGAGACACGAUUGAGACAAUUGAGAAUACUACCGAACGAUGGUGACAUCAUCAAACCUGUAAUAGAGUCUCUAACUUCUAAGGGAAUCCAGCUCGAAGAUAACUUCCCCCAAAAGAAGAUCAGGGCUUCCGUUUUGUCUAUGGAACCAAGCAAUGGUUACAAAUUACUGGAGACCUUGGUGUCCAUAUGGCAGUCCAGAUCACAUAGUGGAAAGUCAGUGCUGGCAUGGAUAUCCUGGAUAUUGGUCAUUCAUGGUCAUUACAUUGUGGCUCAAGAAAAAUCUGAGAAAACCCAAUUGCUUAGCACCUUGCUGAAGACUACCAAAUCCAGAGAGGUUGCUGUGCAACCUUUAUUGCAGUUAUCAGGCCGAUUGCAGCUUGUGACAGCACAGUUCGACAAGGACUCUCUGAAGAAUAACCAUGUUGCAUCACCGGACGACCAAGUGGAAGAUGAAGAUGAUGACGACGACGAGGAUGUUGAUGAGCGUAUAUAUGGCCAGGAAGACGAUGGAUCGGAUUUAAGCAGUGAUGAUGAAAAGUAGGAGCUUAUCAACCCAUUGACGGACUGUUCAUCAAGCAAUGGAUCAAUGAUGGUGGUGAAUGAAUGGGUGAUCUAUCAUUCCAUAUAUUGCCCGCCCUAGUCGAUUCAGGUAACAGUUUUCGACCUGAGCUCUGCCUGCCUGCUUGCCCUUUGGAAACAAACACACGGCCAGCUAGGGAUUGGUUUCGGUUCCGGCAACGACCAUUCGCCAUACUCUUCUGCUUUCCCGACGGAGCAGGUUUUUGUACUAUUUACCUCGACUUUUUCUCGUGUUCCUUUUCUAGAGAGAGUAGUGUGUGUAAAGGCGCCAAAAUGAUUCUGAAUUUUACUAACAGCUACCUUGAGCUAAAACUUAUCCCCAUUCUACAUGAUUGGGAAGCCAUUAUUUUGGUAAAAGGUUACAUCUUUACUACUUGUUUUCUAAGUUAGGGAGGCUGGAGAAACGUGUAGGAUAGUAUAAUAGCAACAAAAAUUCCCUCCAACCAUUUCUAGGGAUUUUAGGUCCCUUGGAGUCGGAAGUGGAACGCAGAAUCGAUUCGAUUCUUUCCCCAUCACUUAUGCAAGUAUGGAAUCUCAUUCUUUCCCCUCUUUUCCAGAAAGAAAAAAUAACUUGCACAUCUUCAUAUCGCCGUUCCUUUUUGUUUAAUCGUGUUUACAUUACUGUGCAUGAAUUUGGGUUCUCGUCGCUGAACAUGGACGAGAUGUUUCCGUUCCCGCGAUAAUUACCGUCAUGGUACUCAUCGUCGUAGUAGUCCAUCCUGCCAUACCGUGUGUACCUUGAUGGUUGCGGUGGAGGCAUAGGCAUGUACCUUGGCUGCGCCGGAGGUGGCGGCGGCUGCGUCGAUCGGACGUAUUCGUACUCCGUCACGUACGGUGCUGGCCUGUACGUAUUGUAGUUGUGAUGAGCAACGUACACCGGUGGCGGUGGCGGAGGAUGGUGAGAAGGUGGCGGCCUGGUGAUGACGACUGGUGGAAACCCUGGACCGUCGUGGUAUCUGUCCCAGGGUUGAUGAUAACCGGAAUUUGAACUAGAACUAGCAGGUGAACCACCACCGUAGCCAUAUCUGUAGCCGUAGUCCGGCGGUGGAUUGUAGCGGUAGUCUGAGGGCUGGUGGUGGUAGAUGACGUGAACCUCUCCUACAUCUUUCUGCUGCCCCGGCGGAUUAGAACCCGCCGGUGGCGGCUGCUGGCUUGAUGAGUUUGGCUCUGUUUCUGGUGGUUGUUUCUCCUCCGGUUGUGGAUUCUCCGGCGGGGGCGGUGGCGAUGGUUCCGUGGGUGGCUCAGUUUGUGGAGGCGGUGAUUGUUCCGGUGGGCCUUCCGGAGGAGGAGGGUUUGAUUCGUCCGGCGGUGAUUCGCCGCCGCCGUCCGGUGGUUGUUCAGGUGGGUCGGGGGGAGAUUCUUCUGAAUGGGAGCAUAUGAUGGCCGUCUUCCUCGUCUUCCUGAUGGCUUUCACGAUCUUCUGAGGAUCGGCCCAUCCGACGAUCCUCAGCUUCUGCCGAGGGACGUCGAUGUAGAGAUCGUGAAUCCCAUUGACGCCAUGAAGGGCCUUCUUGAUCUUCUGGACGCAGCCAUUGCAGUCCAUCCGGACUUGUAUCUCUGUGACUCUAGGCCUCUCUAACUCUUGAGCCAUUUGGGUUGAGAGAGAGAGAAGAGGGGAGAGAAGGAGAGGGAUGAAAUGAGAAUGAGAAUCUACGGUGUCAUUUAUUUGUACGUAUGGAGAGGGUAGCGAGAGAUUGGAAUAUAACUGGAGGGAAAAGGGUGUGGGACAUGUAAGGAAUCUCUUCCAUCCUUCCUUUUACUUGGAGAGGGAAAGAAAGGAAAUGGAGUGGUUGGGAGAGAGAUGAAGGCUUGUGCCCUUUGGGAGGGUCAUUGUCAAAGGAGAGGGAAGGAGAAAGAACCAGAAAGGUGGCCAUUUCAUGGGUUGGAAAGU